CGGCCGUCAAGUCUGGAUCGAGAGUUCUCAACCAAACAAACAGUCCGCUCUCCUCUUGGGAAAUACGGAGUACGAACCGAUCGAUUUUUCUCAACCAAACAAACAGUCCUUGAUCUGCUAGGGGUCUCACCUGCAUCUUCUUCUCCAUUGAACAAUCAACUAUGUUGCUCAACCCACACACUCAUGGCUGUAUCGACACUCAAAUCAACAAUCAAAAGGGGCUCACAUAGCCUCUCUCACUCGUCGACCGCCAUGCUCUCUUUCCUGGUGCAGCAUCCCCAAUUUCAGUAGGCUGACGGCAUCUCCAAUUUUCCAUCGAGCUUGAUCGAUCGAUUUCCAAGAAGACUUCAUCGAUUCAUUGCUCGUUUCUCCGCCAUUCCAGAGGCUUCAUUGAUCCCCUUUUGUCGCCGGCAACCGGCAAUCGUAGUACACAUAACGAUCAGCCGCUGGUGCAUUAUUCUUGAUUUUCAGCUAUUUGUUGCAACUUGCAAGUUCCUGCAUCGUGUAUUCAUUUCUGGCUGGAAGUCUGAUUGCAAUUAUUAAUUCAGCGGCAAAGUUCCCAGCCUCCUUGGGAUCUCGGCUCCUGUCAACUUGGCUCCACCCUUUACCCCAAGGUGACUGCCCAACUUAGUCAUCUAUCAUCGCCUUCUACUUUGGACAAUUGGACUCCCAGCUCAAGAAUUGACAAAGAUGGCAUGUAUUGAGAUGGAGAAGUUUGUUUGUGAGGAAUUUGGUCAUGAUCAAGAUGAUAUUUUGGCUGACGAGAAAGAUGUUAUAUCUGACAACGAUGAUAGCGAUUGCGAGAUUAGUACCGAUGAUGAAAAUCAGCCAGGUAUUGAGAAUGAAGACAACAAUCAAUUACCAGAUCAUCACUUUAGAAGAAUAUAUGACAUAUCAUCUAGUGAGAUUCGAGAUUUGGAAUUCGAUACUCGACAUGAAGCUUGCAAAUUUUUUCAAACAUAUGCAAGAUGUAAGGGGUUUGUUGCGAGGAAACAUAAUCUCGCUCGAGACAGGAACAACAAUAUUACAAUGCAACAAUUAGUAUGCAAUAGAGCUGGAUUGAGGCAAAAAAAAUACUUGGAGAAGGUAGACAGGAAAAAACCACAUGCACCAAUCACACGCACGAAUUGCGAAGCUAAGUUCCGUGUGCGCUUCGAUAGAAAAAAAUCAAAAUGGAUCGUGAGUUCUUUUGUGGAGCAACAUAAUCAUUUUUUAACUCCUUCUACGUAUGUCCACCUGUUUCCCACUUAUCGUGCCAUGAAUGAUGCAGACAAAGCCCAAAUUGAUGUCUUACAUAUGCAGGGUGUUCGGACAUGUCACAUUAUGGGAUAUAUGUUGGCUCAAAAAGGAGGGUAUAGUGGGAUUGGGUUUUCAAAAAAGGAUCUAUAUAACUAUCUUGACAGACAGAAGCGUGUUAAGAUUCAAGAUGGGGAUGCACGAGCUGCUCUUAGCUACAUUCAAGGCAAAGCUGACAAUGACCCCAUAAUGUUUUGUAAGUAUUCUACUACAACUGAUGGAAAACUGAAACAUUUAUUUUGGGCAGAUGGACAAAGCAUAGUAGACUUUCAGUGCUUUGGUGAUGUUCUUGCAUUUGACACCACGUACAAGAAAAACAAAUAUAACUAUCCAUUGGUUAUUUUCUCAGGAUGUAACCACCAUUCUCAAACUGUUAUAUUUGGUUGUGCUUUGGUGUCAGAUGAAACAUUUGAGACAUAUAAAUGGGUCUUGGAAGCUUUUUUGGAAGCAAUGCACAAGAAACAUCCCAUAUCAGUGGUUACUGAUGGUGAUGUUGCUAUGAGAGAGGCUAUUAAAUUAGUUUUUCCACAUUCUACUCAUCGCUUGUGUGCGUGGCACUUGAAUAAAAAUGCAUGUGAGAAUGUAAAAAACUCACCAUUUUUGGAUGAUUUUAAGAAAGCAAUGUAUUCUAAUUUCACCCCCGAAGAGUUUGAAGAUUUUUGGCAGAAAAUUAUAGUUGAGCAUGGGGUUGAAGGUAACACAUGGGUUUCGAAAACCUAUGACAACAAGUUAUUAUGGGCUACUGCGUAUCUGCGUGAUACAUUUUUUGGACGCAUCCGGACUACAUCUCAGUGUGAAGCAAUAAAUUCUUUAAUUAGAUCUUAUGUAAGAAAAAAAAAUACCCUUUAUGAAUUUAUUCAUAAUUUUGAACAGCUGCUACGGGAGUACCGAAAUAAUGAGUUGAUUGCUGAUUUUAAGUCCAAUUUCUCAGAACCAGUAAUGACGAGCUCUUUGAAGCACCUUGAGCGCCAGGCUGCUAAUAUAUAUACACUGGAAAUGUUUACAGAAGUUAAGAAAGAGAUUGAACUUGGUUGUGCAUUAAAUGUUGUGGGUCGAAUAGAAAAUGGAGAUGAAUUGACUCUUCACCUAAGCAGAUAUGGUCAUCCUGAAAGUUUAGUUAAAGUUGAUUUUGAUAGAUCAAAUUCUAAAUUUUCAUGUGCUUGUCAUCUUUAUGAAUCCCGCGGCAUUCCUUGCUCUCAUAUUAUAUGUGUUCUGAAAACUGAGAACAUUCAGAACUUUCCUAGUAGCUUGAUAUGUGGAAGGUGGACUAAGACGAGUAAGACUGAUAUAAUCUCUGCAAUGUCAUCAGAUGAAGUAGAUGUUGAUGUUAUGAUAUUUGCUCGUUUUGGUGCUUUAGCGGCUUCUUGUAAUAGACUGUGUAAAAUUGCCGCCAAAAAGACUGAAUACUUUGAUGAAGUUAGAGAUGAGAUACUUAGACUCACUCAUAAGUUAGAGAAGCUUGAUGAUCAAGGGAGUAGUCAUGCAUCAUUUGUUGAAGAUAUUGGUGAUCCUACUGUUGUGAAGACAAAAGGUGCCCCAGUAAAGAAAAAAAUAGGAGGUAAAAGGAGGCGUUGUUCGAACUGUAACCGCGCAGGACAUGUAAUAACAACAUGCCCAAGGAUAACUUGCGAUAACAAUGGCACUCAAAAUGAUGAUGUUAUAUCUUUGGACGACAACCAAAGAUGUCAUGGCAAAGGAACCUUUCUACAUGAAGACAAUCACACGAACAAAACGAAUUGUAGUAGUGAGAUGUAUAAAUGUGAUGAAAUUGAUGGUGUUGGGAGUAAGGAUAAUGGUGGUUGUCCUAACUUCACAGUUAGUGGAAAGAAGAGAUCUCAUGGUAAAAAAAUCAAGAAAUGUGAAUCUACAAAAAGUUUAUCAAAGGUUCAUGUAAAUGAGAGAACCAAGCAGUUGGAUUUGAAUACUAAUGGCACCUUUCAGAAGAGUGGAAUAAUAAUUGAUCACCCAUCAAGCCUUUCAAGUGAACGUUUGCCUAGGACUAUGCAACAAUAUUCUUUGUUAUCUCCAACGCAUCUUUUUCAAGCUAGUUGUCCUCAGUCAUACAAUUAUUGGAUGCCCUCUACCAAUCCAUAUGGGGCACCUAUUUUACAUCCAAAUAUUCCAUUACUUCCGCAAAUGGUUCAGUAUCAACAGUUCACAGAAGUUAGUCAAGUGCCCAACGAUAGUGGUGGAACUUCUUGGAAGGCUUUGCUCGAAGGAGUCAUUAAAAAUGCUGCUCAAACAAGUGAUACACAUGGCCAUCUUCCUUGACUAUACAAGGUGGAAAAUGAAAGAACAAAUAAAUGCGGAUAUGGAGAGGUGUUGGUAAUGUAGUAAUUGUUACCUUUGUAAUUGAUUUUGGAUGACUCCCAAGCCAUUUGAGGUUGAGGUAGUUUUGAUUUUCCUAAUAUUGUAUUCUACUAUUCUGAUAUUAGUAUUCAAUAACAAUGUAAUAAAUUUUACCUAGCCUGUUUUAGUUUUAAUUUGUACUUCUCAUUUCUCAAUGCCAUUUGGAUUGUAAUAAUGGGUACUUUGAAAGUUUUUUUGAGUUAAUUUAAGACAAAU